ACCAACAAAAAAGAUCAGGAUAUUAUUGAGGAUGAUCAGGAUGUUGCUUUGACUUUAACACCGGACCACGUUUAUAAACCAAAUCUGGGACUACUUGCUUAUACUUCGAUGGAUAUCGAAUCUGAUGAACAAGUUGAGCCAGGACCACUUGCUUAUACUUUGGUGGAUUUUAAAUUUGAUGAACAAGUUGAGCCGGGACCACUUGCUUAUACUUCGAUGGAUAUCGAAUCUGACGAACAAGUUGAGCCAUCUGAAUUGACCUCCGAACUUAUUUCCUCUAACUGGGAUGACUUGGAUUAUAAGGCUAAAAUGCCAAAUAGAGAAAUAUAA